AUGGAUCUUGCAGUGGCCAAAGACCAUCUGUAUCUGAAAGCAGAAUAUUUUAAAGGUUUGAAUCUUGAUGAUGUAAUAUUUAGUGAGGAAAGUCAGAAACUAGAUGUGGGCAAAAAGUGUUCAAUUUCAUUGCAAAUUGCGCAAGCUGUGGCACAUCUGCAUAACCAGAAACUGGCUAUAAUUCAUCUUGACAUCAAGCCAGAAAACAUUAUUUUUUCAGAGAAUGCUGAUGUUGUGAAACUGUGCGAUAUAGCUCUUUCAAAAUUAAAUACAUUAAACAGCACACUGACAACAUUCGCAAAUCAAAACGAACUUCAGCCCGGAACACCUGCCUACCAAGCACCUGAAAUUAUUUUGAACCACUCACCUGCUUGUAACAGCACUGAUGUUUGCAGCUUGUCAUGCAUUAUAUCUGAGGUAUUUUCAGAAGAGCAAGUAUGGCCUCUAGAGGGAGAUUCUCUGAAGGAAAUCACUGAACUUAUGGAAAAGAAGGAAACACUAUACAGUUUCAGAAACAUGUUGGAAGAUCAGGCUAUUCCAAGAGUGGUAAACGUGGUCAGUCGUGGCCUAAAAUUACAACAGUGA